AAUUUUUCUGUAUUAAUUACAUAAUCUUCCUGUAGAAGAAGAAAGUACGAUUUGAAUCUUAAUCUAAGACAGCCUGUUUGUACUGCAUUAACUGCAUAAAUUUAAUGGGACUAUAUCGCAUGAUAACGUAAUAUAAUUGUCGUGACAACAGGAUAGUGUUAAUAAUUACGAUGAUACGACAGAAAUGUGAACAUUGACUUUUAAAUUAUUCGUAUUGCAUUGAAUGGGGUUCGUUAUCAAAAUAAUUAUGGUAUAUAAUAACAGAAUACUCAAAUACUUUAUAAAGAUUAUGUUACAUCGGACCCUCCAUACUUCCCGUUGCGUUUGCACUCAGAAAAUUGCUUUUAAUUGAAUGUGAAGAAAGUAUUUAAUCUUUCUGUCUUUAUUUCAUGUAAAGUUUUACCAAUCUCCUAUGAUCGACUUCAUAUGAAAUGAGUUUGUAGAUUGUUGCCUGUUAUUUCUGAAAUGAAAGUUCACUGCCAAAAAUAUCUUUUGCUCUACCCACGCUGUUGUAAAAGACUUAAACAAUUCUGUGAUCAACAUAUCACAAACUUUCGACAGAUUCACAAUGCAUCUGCAGGGAGAAAUACCUCAUCUUUCAAGUUCACCAAAUACGGUUUCCCAAACUCACAUUGGUUCCAUAUCAAACAAAAACAACUGCAAAGCUUCCAACACAAUCAGCUCCGCUGCUUCUCUGAUGUCCCCUGUAAAUUCAAUGAUCUUAUUUCCCCUGCUAACAAACAAAGAGCACAGAAAAGUAUGCAAUUGGUGAAACCAGUGCGUAAUUUUCCAUUAAAGAAUGAUUUUAAAAGAGCAGCAAUUUUAAUACCAAUGUGUAUGGUAGAUGGGCAGCUUUCUUUACUGCUUACACUUCGGUCAAUUCACUUGAAGAAUCAUCGCAGAGAAGUAAGUUUUCCUGGAGGAAUGAUGGACAGAAGUGAUGCUGAUUUAACUGUCACAGCUCUUAGAGAAACACAUGAAGAAAUUGGCCUUGAUCCAAAACUGAUUGAUGUCUGGGGUACCAUGCAUCCCCUUCCAAACAAGGCUGCUUCAAGAGAAGUCACACCAGUUGUCGGAUUUUGUGGAGAAAUCGAUUUGAACUCUCUUCACAUAAAUCCAAAUGAAGUAGAAAAGGUGUUCUUCACAACAAUCAAAGAUUUGUGUAACCCUGACAACCAGCGAAUGACCCAAUCAAGAGCUGGUAAUGGUUACACAUUACCAGUUUAUUUAUCUAGUUCUCGAAUUUGGGGAUUAACAGCUGUGAUUGUCCAUCAGUUUCUAACCGUCCUAGCACCACAUUUAUAUAAUUUUAAAAUUAAACAUCAAAGAUCAAUACAAAAAAUAAAAUAACAUGAUUAGCCAUACUUAUUAACGUGUAUCAAUCGAUUUCUAGGCUAUGAACUUUUCAGGGAAGAUAACUUUGAUAUUUAAUUUUUUAAAGUUCAUUUCUGUGGAGUUUAAUGAGUGACUCAACCAUUUUUUUUUACCAAUGGACCCUUUUGAUCCUUAUUCAACUCUACUGGACCUUAAUAACCGUUUGAUGUAUAUAUUAAAAAAAAAUUUACUGUAUUUUUAUAAUUGAAUUGUAUAAAAAAAAAUAAUUUUGUGUUUUGUAGAAGUAUCACCAGUGCGUUGCACAUAAAUGUUAAAAUCUUACGUGGACCCUUAAGGAUCAUAGAGACCUUAAUUGAGUGCCUCUGAGUUUGAUGAAUGAGUUUAGUAAAUCUGAAAAUUGAAUUAUCUACAUUAAGGGUGUCUAUGACCUGUUUCUAUGACGAGUAACAAGAUAGGGAGCUGGUCUGGAAACUUUCAACAGAUUUGGGAGCAGUUUUCCCCUCUAAAGCAUCUUUUUCCUUGGUUUUGGUAGUAAAUUCUACACACACAUACUCACACAUCAGUUCUUGCAGUAACUAUGUACUGUUGUUUCACAUCAGAUCGGCCCUAUGAUUAAAGAAUUCCAACCAUGACCAUCCUGUAUUUUAUUAUUUAUUUUUAAGACAAACAUUUUGUAGAACUACAUUGUCUCCAAGGAGCCAGUACCCCCCCCCCCUUUUUUUUUCAUGAAAGUUUGGUGUGAUUUUAUGUGAGACAUUGGAAAAUGUGGUGCUGGAUACACUUUGCCAGAAAAACAAAACAGAGGCAGAUUGGUCAUGGCUGGAAUGUCUUUGAUUAUAGGUGUGUUCAAUCAGGACUGACCUGGAGUUAAACAACAUCAUCCUAAGUUCUUUUUUUUUUUUUUCCGAUUUAUUUUGUUUUGUUUGUGGAUCACUGAAUUAAUUCCUUGAAUGAAAAUCUGGUAAAUUUGCAGGGAUUUCGCUCCACCAUUAUUUACUUAGAACGCUUUUGUCAGAAACCACCAAAAACAAUCAUCAUCAUCAUCGUUUAACGUCCACUUUCCAUGCUAGCAUGGGUUGGACGAUUUGACUGAGGACUGGUGAAACCAGAUGGCGACACCAGGCUCCAAUCUGAUCUGGCAGAGUUUCUACAGCUGGAUGCCCUUCCUAACGCCAACCACUUUGAGAGUGUAGUGGGUGCUUUUACGUGCCACCGGCACGAAGGCCGGUCAGGCGGUACUGGCAACAGCCACGCUCAUAAUAUUAGAAUUGAAAUCAAUGAAAUCAAGACGAAAAUAUGAGUAAAUCUUUCCAAUAUCAUCAAUAGUUUUGAUCACACCUUCAUACAGAGACACAAAACAAAGGUAAUUUUAGCUGGAGUUUCGUUGGUAUCUUGGUUCAGCUCUUGUCAAGCAAACAGAUGACCAAAGGCAAUCCGUUAGUGACCCCCCACUCCCUUUUGUUUUUUUAUAUAAACAUCAGUUCAAUGUCUCUUUCUAGAGGAGGCUCUAUGCUUUACCUGCUAAAAACAGCAGGCAAAUCUCCCUAAAAAUCACUCUAGGUCAGGCUUGAUCAGGACCUAUGAUCAAAAAGUAUUUCAAAUAGUGACAAUCUCAUCUUUUUGUAUAUCAUUAUUAUUUGGUAAUAAUGACAGCCCUGCACUUUGAAACAGGCAGCUUGAGAUUAAUUAACUCAAUACUCGUCAACCUGAACACAAAGUAUAACACAAUGGCUGUCCAUGGAGUGAUUUUGAAAACAUGUCAUGACCAAAUGGCUUCAAAUUUAAAAACAAAGUUAUGAAAAUAAAAACCCAAACAGGGCCUCACAUAUAUAUUUGAUAUUUUAAUGAUACAGAUAUAGAAAAUAACAUAUUUCAUCAAAAGUCAUUGAAACAAUUGUUGUUGGUGUGGAAAAGUCAUUCAAACUCAACAGAUUGUCUUUUUUUUUUUUUUUUUUUUACAUAUAUAUAUAUAUUUUCUUUUGUUAUUUUUAUAAAUGUUCCGAUUAAAGAAUGUAGAUCAUCUCAUUUUAUAAAAGAAGAAACAAAGCAAGCUCGACAUGUGUCUGUUUCUACUUACACCAUAUUUUUCCUGUCGUGUUUCAACAUAAGAUGGCCAUAGGCAUGUACACACAAAUAUAUAUUUCAAUAUUUUCAUUGAAAUAAAACUUGAAAAUAAAUUACAGAA